CAAAUUUAAAGAAAAAGGUUAAAGACCAAAGUGAACAAAAAGAAUAGAAAAUGUAAUUUAAACUUGGCGCCUUUUCAGUCGAUAACAACAUCAAUUGGUAACUAUGACCAAACCUAUUGGAUGGAAAGUCAGUUAAUUGAAUUGGUGAUACUUUGGAAAUUUGUGUUCACAAUUUAUCAUCUACAUUGCGAAUGUUAUUGUUUUUAAUUUAGUUAAUUAAUUUAAUUCAUUUGGUUGACUUGAUUAGUUUGUUAGAAAACGAAAAAGAAAAACAAUUAACUAUCGAUAUUCUUUCGCUGGUAUCGAUAUUAUAAAGAAUCGAUAGCGAUAUUUUCGCCCAUCCCUUAAAUUUAAUCAAUCGUUCAUUUACUUUGCUUGUGAUCUUUUUAAUUCUAUUUUUACAUUUAAUUAAUGAGAAUAUUGUUAUUGAAUAUAUUGUCUUUUAUUAGUUAAACUAUGUCUGGGGACAUAAACGAUGCUGUUUGUAACAUUAAAGUGGUUUGUAGGUUCAGGCCACUCAACGAGAAUGAAGUGAAAGCUGGUUCUGCAUUUAUUGUUAAAUAUCCAGCUCAUAAUGAAGGUUGUGUUUCAAUCGGGGGUAAAAAUUACGUCUUCGAUAAAGUGUUCAAACCAAACGCUACACAAGAUACAGUUUAUGAAGAAGCUGCUAAAACUAUUGUCAAAGAUGUUCUCAUGGGUUAUAAUGGAACAAUAUUUGCCUAUGGGCAAACAUCUUCUGGUAAAACUCAUACCAUGGAAGGUGUUCUCGGAGAUCCUAAACUCCAAGGAAUUAUUCCAAGAAUUGUCGAUGACAUUUUCAACCACAUCUAUUCAAUGGACGAAAACAUUGAGUUCCACAUUAAGGUUUCAUAUUUUGAAAUCUAUCUUGAUAAGAUAAGAGAUCUCUUAGAUGUUUCUAAGACCAAUUUGUCAGUGCAUGAAGAUAAAAAUCGUGUCCCAUUCGUUAAAGGAGCCACCGAGAGGUUUGUCACUUGUCCUGAGGAAGUUAUGGAAGUAAUUGACGAAGGAAAAUCAAAUCGACACAUCGCUGUUACAAAUAUGAAUGAACAUUCUAGUAGAAGCCAUUCUGUCUUUUUAAUCAAUGUUAAACAAGAAAACCAGGAAAAUCAAAAGAAAUUAACUGGUAAACUCUAUCUGGUUGACUUAGCUGGUUCAGAGAAAGUUAGUAAAACUGGAGCUGAGGGAAUGGUUUUGGAUGAAGCGAAAAAUAUAAACAAGUCAUUGUCGGCUCUUGGUAAUGUUAUUUCCGCCUUAGCUGAUGGCAAUAAAUCACAUAUUCCGUACCGAGAUAGUAAACUGACCAGGAUACUCCAAGAAUCUUUAGGAGGAAACUCUAGAACUACCAUUAUAAUUUGCUGUUCUCCAGCCUCAUUUAAUGAGAUGGAAACCAAAUCAACACUCGAAUUUGGUAAAAGAGCUAAAACAAUUACUAAUGUUGUUGUUGUAAAUGAAGAACUGACCGCAGAAGAAUGGAAAAGACGAUGGGAAAAAGAAAGAGAAAAAGUAACUAAGCUUAAAAACUAUGUAAACCGUGUCGAGAUGGAAUUGAAUCGUUGGCGCAUCGGAGACGCUGUGCCUUCAGACGAACAGGCGAGUUUCAAAGAUUUGGAAUCAAGUACUCUCAGUUUAUCUGAGUCAGUACAAAACCUCAGUUCUGUUGCUAAUACCCCGUUGACCGGAGCCUUUUCAGCCGCAGUUGAGCCCAUUUCCAAUGAAGAAAGAAUGAAAUUCGAAGAGGAAAGAACUCGACUUUAUGCUCAACUUGACGAAAAAGAUGACGAACUUGAUAAGCAAAGCCAAAUGAUCGAGAAGUUAAAAGAACAAAUUCUCGAACAAGAAGAGCUAAUCGGCAACUGUAGACGGGAUAAUGAAUCACUCCAACAUGAAAUUAACAAACUUCAACAAGAGAAUGAAUCAUCAAAAGAAGAAGUGAAAGAAGUGUUACAAGCUUUAGAGGAAUUAGCAGUCAAUUAUGAUCAGAAAAGUCAAGAAGUGGAAAACAAGAAUCGUGAAUUCGAAACAUUGAAUGAAGAUUUGAAUACUAAACUGAUGGCCUUAAAUACUGCCAAAUCUGAACUCCAACAAAUGAAGGAAAACAACACCCACAUGAGAAGAAGGAUCAAUGAAAUGUUGAGUAACCUGUUGAAAGAUUUAUAUGAAAUUGGUGUUGUGUUAGGUACCAGUGCAACAGCUCCUAGUCUAAAGGAUGCCGGAGAUAAUCUGACUUCUGCAAAGAUCGAAGACGAAUUUACAGUUGCUCGUCUUUUCAUAACCAAAAUGAAAUCGGAAGUAAAAGCGUUAGCAUCUAAAUGUAAUCAAAUGGAAAGUUUCCAAAACGAAUGUAACAAGAAGAUAGAGCUAAACGAAAAGGAAUUGACCGAAUGUCGUUUGUUAAUUAGUCAAUAUGAGGCCAAAAUGAGCUCAUUACAAGAUUCAAUGAAAGACAUUGAAAAUAAGAAACGUUCAUUGGAAGAAAUUGUCGAUCAAUUAGAAGAAGAGUGCGCUAAACUGCGAGCUGCUGAUGAGAUGCACAAAAUGGCUCACGAAGAAAAGGAAAAGGAAAAAGAUUCAGCAGAAAACUUGAAGACUGCACUAGAAGAGCAACUAGAGAAACACCGAGAAACUCACCAAAAACAAUUAUCUGCACUGAGGGACGAAAUUGCUGAGAAACAAGGACAAAUUGACCAACUUCGUGACCAUAAUCAAAAACUAUCGCUGGCUCAAGAAAGGUUACAACAAGAAUAUGAUAAACUGAAAGCAGAAGAGCAAGAAAAGAGUUCGAGACUCAAUGAACUGAUUAUAUUAAGUGAUAGACGGGAACAAGCAAGACAAGAUCUCAAAGGACUAGAGGAAACAGUUGCUAAAGAGCUACAAACUUUAAAUAAUCUUCGAAAAAUGUUUGUAGCUGAUUUACAAAGUCGAGUCAAAAAAUCAGCCUUAAACGAUGACGACGAGAAUAUCGGUGGUUCUCUAGCGCAAAAGCAGAAAAUAGCGUUCUUGGAAAACAAUUUAGAUCAAUUAACAAAAGUUCACAAACAAUUGGUUCGAGAUAAUGCUGAUCUUAGGUGCGAAUUACCUAAAUUGGAGAAGAGACUUCGCACUACUCAUGAGCGCGUCAAGGCCCUUGAAGCAGCUCUGAAAGAAGCUAAAGAGUUGGCACUUCGGGACAGAAGACGAUAUCUUUUCGAAUUAGAUAGAAUUAAAGAGGCCGUUCGAACCAAAAAUCUAUCAAGACGAGGACAUGCUCCACAAAUAGUUAAACCUAUUCGAGCUGGUCAACAACCAACUCAUCAAACUAUCGGAGGAACUACAGUUGCCCGAGGAAUAGUCACUGGAAGAAAUCGCAAUGUUAAUAAUCCGGAGUAAAUGAAAUUUGUCUAAAGAAAAAAUCAUCGACAAGAUAAAAUAUAAUUUAAUCUAAUUUUUGUCUUUAAUUAAUGAUAAUGAUAAUCAAUUUUAACAUUUCAUCAACAGCGACAAGUAAAAUUCAAUUUUAUCAGCGAUGAAAAACAA